GUUUCUGAACUAUUUCCUUAGUCAAGACUUGCUAUAAAGUGUGUUUCUACUUAUGAUAAAUUAUAAAAGAGUGACAAAAUCUCAACUUCUGUGCAGUCAAACCUGGAGAGUGAUUAAUGUAUUAGGUGGAGUUUCGUGUCAGGCUGUGUAGCGCUGUUGGUUUCCUGUUCAAUAAUUUGAAUGCUGAAAUAACUGUGUGCACUGAACGGACAAGGGCUGACUGUGGAAAUGAAAGAAGAGAAACUGGUAUUUUCCCGAACCACCAAAAGAUCCCCGCGCUCUAUAGUUUAGUUGUAUCAACAGCACGUACCUUUUCAAGUCUUCACCGAGCUUGGCGAGGACCGGGAAUUCGCGCCCUUCUCUCUAAAAGUGUAGACAUUCGGAUACAGACACAGCAACUGGAAUGGGUGUAUAAACUUGUUCUGAGACGUCGUGGCAGGGUGUAUAUGCUAUGUAGCCUACUGUAUGGAAGAAGAAAUGUGUGUUAUGGAUAAGGAAUACUUUUUCAUGUGUUUGCAGGCGCUCUCUGGACCUUUUCCUAGUUUUUGCGCUUGUGUCACCUGCGCGGGAAAUUGAUAUUUUAUGAACCUUUUAACUUWAAAAAAAUAAUCGAAACAAGUCUGAUAUUUAACAUGUUUAUUAAUACGGGAUGGUGAACCUGAUGACGACCAUGCAAGUCGGAAUGGCAAAUCAUUUUUAACCUAAGUACUAAUAUUGAGUUUCAAACACCAGAUAGCCAACGCUUUUUUUACCAACAGCUAUGAGAAAAACUGCCAUGUUUGGAGGUAUGGUGAAGUGGAUCUUGUGSAACUUGGUCUCAUUCCUCCUGUGGUGGACUUUUGUUGACGCACAGGGUGGAUCUGAGGAGAGCCUGACAGCAGAGGAGCAGAUGUACAUUCUUUAUGACAUUAAACUCCAGUGCCACCAGAACCUCUCCACCCGCAACCCAGCCGAUGACCUCUGCCCUCCUGGUUGGGAUGGCCUUAUCUGCUGGCCUCAGGGUUACCCAGCAGCUGUCACCAAGGUCCCCUGCCCCAGCUACAUCUUCGACUUCAACCACAAAGGUCAUGCCUACAGGAAGUGUGACAUCAAUGGGUCGUGGGUGUUUGUGGAGAGCCUGAACAGGACGUGGCCUAACUACUCAGAGUGUCUGGGCCCUGGGUUCUUGAAGCCAAGCAACGAGAGGCAGGACUUCUUUGAGCGUCUGUAUGUCAUGUACACCGUAGGCUACGCUGUGUCCUUCAGCUCUCUACUAGUGGCUAUCUUCAUCAUCGGAUACUUUAGGCGUCUCCACUGUACCAGGAACUACAUCCACAUCCACCUGUUUGUCUCCUUCAUGCUCCGAGCUGUCAGCAUCUUCGUCAAGGACCAGGUGGUGCACACCAGCGCCGGCCUGCAGGAGUUUGAUGCCGUGCUCAUGGAUAACGUCAAGACUGUGGCCAUGGCACCGCUGGAUAACUCUCAGUAUAUUGGGUGUAAGGUGACAGUGUUGCUGUUCAUCUACUUCCUGGCCACUAAUUACUACUGGAUCCUGGUAGAGGGCCUGUACCUCCACAGUCUCAUCUUCAUGGCCUUCCUCUCAGACACCAAGUACCUGUGGGGCUUCACCCUCAUCGGAUGGGGUGUUCCAGCUCUGUUCGUGGCAGCAUGGGCAGUUGUCCGGGCAACACUAGCAGACGGAAGGUGCUGGGAGUUAAGUGCUGGGAACAUUAAGUGGAUAUACCAAGUCCCCAUUCUGACAGCCAUUGGGCUGAAUUUUAUCCUUUUUGUGAACAUUGUGCGAGUGCUGGCAACAAAGAUCAGGGAGACCAACGCAGGGAGAUACGACACAAGAAAACAGUACAGGAAGUUGGCUAAGUCCACCCUGGUGCUGGUGCUGGUGUUUGGGGUCCACUACAUUGUGUUUGUGGGGAUGCCUCACACCUUCCAGGGCCUCAGCUGGGAGGUCAGGAUGUACUUCGAGCUCUUCUUCAACUCCUUCCAGGGCUUCUUUGUAUCCAUCAUCUACUGCUACUGCAAUGGAGAGGUCCAAACAGAGAUCAAAAAUACAUGGACUCGUUGGAACCUGGCGUUGGACUGGAAGGUUCCGGUGGUGUGUGGCCGUUACCGCUACGGCUCAGUGCUCACCGGGCUCAACAACAGCACCAGCAGCCAGUCUCAGCUGGCUGGGGGUGGCCCCGCCAUCCGAUCAACCACCCUCUUCUCCAGCCGUGUCUACCGUAGCAARGGACCCCCGACUCUGUCCACCCACGCCACCCUGCCUGGCUACGUCAUCAGUAACUCAGACCCAGACAGCGUCCACCCCUCCAUCCCUGAGGAACCAGAGGAGGACAGUGCCAAGCAGSUGGAUGACAUCUCUCUGAAGGAGACGAUGCCUGUCCUCAAUAAUAGUACGACCGCAGAUGAUGAUGAGGAGACGUUGUAGACAUGGGGAGAGACGGGAGGUUUUUCUGAAUGUGACUGAGCUGGGAAAAACAACAGGCCUUUGGGAUAGAGACCAAAGACUACUGGCCCCUAGACAUGGGACCACAUGUACAUUCAUACAGAUUAUUGGCACAUGUACAUGUAAAGACACACACACACACACACAAACGCCACAUAAAAAACUGACAAAUAAGAAAAGAUACGUCUCAUCUUUGUACGUCUCAUCUUUGUACAUACAUGCCAAUUGAUUUACAUUUUCUUGCAAAAAAAAAGCAUUGCUUUGUCUAUAAACAAUCUCGGGCCAAGGAUCCAUGUUUUCUGCCAAACUCUCCCCAGCCAUUGACACUCAGACAUCCAUCCUCAGAGACUUGGCCCAGUCAGUUAUAAGGGCUAUAGGAGCUGGACGGCAUCAUGUGUUGGUCUGUGCAAAGUACUUUUUCUUUCAAUCCAAAAUGAUAUGUGACUGACUGACAGAUGUCUAAAUGCCAACAGUAUUGUGAUUGCCCCCUUAAGCUGAGGUUUAUCCAGUCUAGAAAAAUACAUUAAAAAAAGCUCAUUUCUAUCAGCGACUGGCUUGUUUGUUGGCUUAAAAUGAUGUUACAGUCACGUCUCAGUGAUAUUUGUUGUUCGCUUAU